AGAUUUUUUUUAUGGUUCAUAUGGGUGUACAGAAAAGUUUUUGUUUGAUUCUUAUGGAUCAUUAUACUGGUUCUUUUAAUUUGAAUACUCUUGAUUGAGUAUUUUUUUUCGUACUCGCCAAUCUAUAACCUAUAAAAAAAAUCUCAUAAAUUUAAAUUUAUUAUUUUGUAGUUUCAAAUGGCCAACAUCACCCAGAGAGAAUUUGACAUUCUUGAUUUAUUCGGUCAAAGAAUAAUGAGUUGUUGAUGAAAAAUCAUAACAUGAGGCCUACCGGUUGUACCCCUACAAAUUUUGGUCAUCCUGAUCGUUGUUCAGCACCGGAAUCAAAUGUUAUCCAAGAUGGUGCACGUGGACACUUUAAACGUAGCCGCGGAAAUAACCGCAACAAAGGGCCGAAUAGGGGCUAUAAAUAUCCAAAUGGAUCAUCCUCCAAGAGAAAAGGGAAAUUCAAACCACCACAGGCUAAAACUCAUGAAAAGCCAAAACCAAGUGGUGAAUGCUAUAAAUGUGGCAUAAAAGGACAUUGGGCUAAUGAAUGUCGAACGGCAAAACACUUGGUAAAAUUAUACCAAGCUUCCACAAAAGGAAAAGGAAAAAAUGUGGAGGCUAAUUAUGCUGAUGAUAUCAACCCAAUUUUGCCUAAAUUUGACGUGUCAGAUUUCUACAUGGAUGAUGCUGAAAUUGGUGAUGAAGUGGCCUUUGGUGGAACUACUACUGUUUAAAUAUUUUAAUUUACGUGUUAAAAUGUGUUUACUUUUAAAAUAAAUGUUUAAAAUAUGUAUUUUAAUUUUCAUGUGUACUUGUAUUAUUAUGUCUGUUCUAAAAAAUUUAUAAUAAAAUGUAUGAUAUUUG